ACUCCGGCCAAGGGCCUGUACGUGGAUUGCAGACUGGACCCCUGGCCCCGACCUGGGCGCAGGGCCUGCGGGAGGCAACCCAUCGACGUGUCUCUCUCACAUCGAUGUUCCUCUCUCUCUUCCUUCCGAACUCUGAAAAGCAGUGGAAAAAAUAUCCUCUGUUUGGUGACUCUUAUUCGACAUCCAUCUGAGUUAAUGAGUGUUCCUCUUCAUCAGCAACAAAACAAAUGCACAACGUUAGUGAAAAAUAAGACAGCUGCUGCUGCCACUGCCCUGCAGCUCACCUACCCCCUGUUCACAGCGAAUGCCUGCUCCUCUGGAGGAGGCCCCGGCCUCUCACAGACACAGAGUUCUAGUAACUCCUGCUCUAUGCUUGAGGCUGCCAAGCAUCAGGAUAUCGGAUUGCCGAGAGCGUUUUCUUUCUGUUAUCAACAAGAAAUUGAAUCCACGAAGCAAACUUUAGGUAGUAGAAACAAAGCUUUGCCUGAGCAGGUUUGGAUUAAAGUGGGAGAAGAAGCGCUGUGCAAACAAGCAAUGAACAAGAGGAACAGGAGUAGGAUGCGCCAGUUGGACACAAGUGUGGAGCGAAGAGCCCUCGGGGAGAUUCAGAAUGUGGGCGAAGGCGCCACCACCGCCCAGGGCUCCUGGCAGGCUGCAGAGUCAUCGCAGUCCCACCUUGGGGAGCAGUCCCAGAGCGUUCCGGGCGGAAGGUCACAGCGCAGGGAGAGGCACAACCGCAUGGAGAGGGACAGAAGGCGCAGAAUACGCAUUUGCUGUGAUGAGUUGAAUCUUUUGGUCCCGUUCUGCAACGCCGAGACGGAUAAGGCCACAACCCUGCAGUGGACUACCGCGUUCCUGAAGUACAUUCAGGAGCGCCAUGGAGAUUCUCUUAAGAAGGAAUUUGAGAGUGUGUUUUGUGGUAAAACUGGCAGGAGGCUAAAGUUGACCAGACCAGACUCCCUGGUGACAUGUCCCUCGCAGGAGAGUCUACAGAGCAGCCCUGCCAUGGAGAUCAAGUGAGCGGACUGGACACUGAUUCCUGGGAAGCAAACAGCCUCCACCCGGCCCAUCAGUGUAUCCAUAGCCCCAGAGCUUUGCGCCGACCAUCAACUCUCAAGGGACAUGACUCAAGUUGGGACUCCAGUGGGGACUUUGAAAGCACAUUUUGUAAAAAUACUUAUCUAGAACAAAAUAUAAAACAAAAUAUUUGUCCAUUAAUGUCCCCUUAGACCAUUGGGGAUGCAGACAUCGUGACAAUUUGUAAGUAAUUUUUCAAUUAUCUGCCUGAUUCCAUCAUGUUUUCUUAACAUGAUAACUUAAAAAAUUAACACCCUUUGUAAUUUCUUUAGUCUUACAAGGUACACUGCUUUUUGCUUAUUUUAUUACAUUUAAAGAUGCCCCCUUAGCAAUUGGAAAAGUCAGAAUGUCCUUCACUAGAAGUAGUUUGGAAAUUUAUUUCAUUGUUUAUCGCUUCCCCUGGCCACGACCCGUCUCACGGACGGCAGUGCGGAACACAGCCUGUUGGACCCUUUUGCUAGAAAAUUCCCAGAGACAUCUGUUGAAGCUCCUUUGGUCCGUAGGUGAGAUGUUGUCACAGUGGCUGCUCGGUGGCCUCACUUUCACACCGAGAGUCGUUACUUUCUGUGUAAUAAACUGUAUUGUUUGGAACUGA